GGGGCACGGCCGGGCGAGUGGCUAUCACGGACGGGAGACGGGCGGCCUACAACGCGGCCAUCACUGUAUGCGGCAAGGCUGGGAGGUGGGAUCGCGCGCUGGGCUUGCUCGAGGAAAUGCCGUCGUACGGGAUAAUGCCGGACGUGGUCUCGUACAACUCCGCCAUCUCGGCUUGCGGGUACCGUGCAAAGUGGGACAAGGCGACGGGUUUGCUUGCGGAACUCUGGCUGGCCGGGUUGAAGCCGGACUGCUACAGCUACUCCUCAGCGAUCCACGCUUGUGCGGGAGCGAGCCGCUGGGAGGAGGCCAUGAGUCUCCUCAGGGAGAUGAAGGCAGUCGGGCUUGGUCCGAAUGUCGUGGCCUAUGGCGCGGCCAUGUCGGCGCUGGCCAACGGGAAGCAGUGGGAGCUGGCACUGGAGCUGCUCGACGAGGUGUGUGCCCACCCGGAAGAAUCCGGGAUCCGACCCAACGCUGUCUUGUACGGGGCGGCCAUCCGGGCGUGCUCGAGAGCUGGCAAGUGGCGGGUCGGCUUGGAGUUGCUAGAGAACAUGCACACUGCCUCGGGAGUGACACCGUCGCUAGUGUGCUUCAACGCCGCGCUGCACGGCAUGGCCUCCGCGGGGGAGGGCAAGAGGGCCAGGGACCUCAUAGAGACCAUGCAGAGGGGGCCGAGAAUUACGCGGCCCGACCACUACAGCUACAACUCGGCCAUCGCGGCGUGUGGUCCAGGGGGGGAGGUGGAAGAGGCACGGGCACUACUAGAGUGUAUGCGGCAGCGCGGUACCCCGCCGGACGUGUUUAGUUUCAACGGGGUGAUGCAGGCCAACGUUUGGGGUGGUGACUGGGCCGCUGCUCUGGAGCUCCUGGAAGAGAUGAAGAACGAGGGCCUGAAGCCCGACGUCGCUAGCUUCAACAUUGCGGUGCAUGCAUGCGCCGUGGGGUGCCAGUGGCAGGCGGCGAUGGACCUGCUGGACGAGAUGGCGGAGGCAGGUCUGGCCAUGGACGCCUUCACCUACGCUCACGCCAUCGAAGCCUGUUGCAACGGGGGCAACCGAAUGAUGGCCGUGGCGCUCGUGCGACAGCUGAGGGACAAGGGCAUGCCGCUGCGGAUGGCCACUUACAGCGCCGUCACGGAGGCGUUUGGGCCGGACGCGCUGGCCUUAGUCGGUCAAACACCGCCGCCGCCGGAGGCCUUCUUGUACUGAUAGAUCUCCCCGGGGUGAUUGUGUGGAUACUGCUUGCUGUGUGGCGGAAUACCGUUUACGGUAUGUGUAACUCCUUUAUUUCAAAACGGGAUGCUCGUUCCAUCUGGUGGGCCGAGCUCAUGAAAACGGUUUUUGGUUGCCAGUUUUGCUCCAUGUGGGACGCUCUCCCUUUCGACGACUUGGUUGCGGCGCGGGUUGAGGCCGGCUUGGCUACGACGAGAACCUUCCCUUUUGCCCUUGCUGGCCGCUGUGGUUUGAGCCGGUCAACAUGCCCGGCUCCAGGGGGGCGAGGAAGUGUUGUCAUGCUACAUGCUAUUGUAGUGUUGUGCACCAGGUGGGAAGGCUAGGCUAAGCACGCGCAUGCACCAAUCAAUGUUCUUGUUAAAUCAAUGCUUUGCUAGGCCGUGUUGGUGCUCCGAUGCGCCGAGUGUUCGCGAAGAGCGAGCCGUUGAAAUCUUAAUCUUGUUCCCUGGCUGGGUUGGUUUGCAAGUGCGUAGCCUGAAGCACGCCAGUGACCGAUUGACUGACUCGAGUGCAAAUGAAAACACGAUGAAUGGAGGACAUCACGCCAGCGCUGAACAACAGAUGAUUAGACUUGGACAUGAUGUUUUGGUGGAAGUGUCUUGGACUUGCGUCAUUUUUGUUCUCUUUUCCUUUUGCGCGCCCCUCCACAAGACAAGGGAGGUUAGAUUUGAGCACUUAUCAAUAGCGCUCGUCCACUUUGUCAAGAAGAGAAGCAAGUACUACCCAUCUCACCCACUAUGUGCCAGCUUCUAAUUCUUGGCUACAGGGGUAUGGAAAUUAUGAGUCCCAUCCGUGGCGCUCGUGUGGCUUCCUUGCAUCAUGUGCAGGGCUAUUUGUUGUCUUGUCGGGCGACUGCGCUUCCGUUUCGGUUCAAGUUCGCCAGGUUCAUCUGAUCGAAGUUGCUUGAGAUCAGGGGGGGCUCCGUCUUAUCGUGGUUGUGUAUGAACAAAACCGUGGGAAUGAGAGGGCGAAGUACCCUUGACUCAGCAGUUUGUGCCGUCAGCGGGGGUUGUUUUACUUCGCAAACGCUGUUGUAGACGCCAGUUUGUCAAGUUUACCUACGGUCAAGCUUGCUACGGUACAAGGCAAUGAUAGUUGUUUUUUCCAUGGCGAGAGAGGGGGAUGUGCCAGCGUGUUUUUGUAUGCCGUGUGAACGCACAAUACAAACCAAACCGCCCAUGCAGGGAAGAAAUACGGGACAAAGCCUGUACAAAACUAGCAGCAGACUUAUCGUAAUAGAAUGUUUACAAGUAGUCAUGAUUGCAGACGGUCGGUGAGACGGCAGCAGCAAUGGCUGUCAACGACGUGAGGUCCAACUUGCGCUCGGUGCGAGUCAAUGUCGAUGCGCCUUCAAUGAUGAUGUGCGUUCCUAAUUUGGCCGGAUCAGUCACAACUUGCUCGCGUCUAAGGCCAGACUCGCGUGAGAGCCGUGGGAAUGGGACGUACUAGCAGCCAGUUUGAAGAUGGUCAAUAGCAGCAGCAGGAAAGCGACAACUCGUUUGACUGACUAACCAAAUGUCCCUGUUCGACAGUGCGUGCCACAUAAAAAAACACGCAACUUGACACGGCCGAGCAACAUACCAUACAGCCUCAGCUGCCCAGUUCCACGCAGCGUCCGGGAGCACGACUCGCUAGCAUUCGCACCCACUGCCACGCGUACAUUGAUAUGCAAGUUCGUCAAACGCUGUUUGUACUCCGAAACCCGGUUCUUCCUAAACCAACGAACGCAACCAACCCUCCCAUUCCCCACGAUACAUCAAACCCGUCUACGUGGUGGAACAUGCCAGCCAACCGAUCGCAAUGCAAACCACCACAAGCGAUCUCAUCCUCCCUCCUCUCCCCCCCCUGCCCCGAAUGACCCCUCAAGGAUGAGACACACAACUUUACAUACCUGCCUGAUUCCAAAACCGAUCUCCUUGUUUAACGCCCCCUACAAAAAACCGUUUCGAUCCAUUCCACUUCCACAACAAGCCCAGCACCCCGCCCCUGGAUCCCACGCCCACAAGCCAUUCCAUUUAACAAACCGGUUCAAGAUGCUCAAGAAAAAUAGGUACAGCUUGCACAUCGCGGCCGGCCCUCCGAAGGUGUACCAUCGAGGGGGGUACGUUCUGGGUCCAUCCCCGAAGUUCCCCCCCCUUCCCAUUCUCCGUCACCCCCUCAAACAGCGCAUGUGUGUACUCCCUUUCAUGCGAUCUGCACCCACCCUCGGAGACUUGGAUGCCGCGUGGCCAUUCCCAUCUACCCCCCCCCCGUCACC